AUGCCGCAUGCCAGGCUGCGUCUGGUUACUCACAGCGUUCACCACAAUACCUCGUCUCAUUCCCUUCCUUCGUCUGAGUAUUCCUCUUCUCUGAAUCAAGCCCAUCCAUCGUCCGAUGAUUCAUCAUCUAGAUCUCUUCCCUCUCCCGACGAUAACUCGUCCCAGUUGAGUCCUUGGGCCGACGAUAUCUCGUCCGAGUCCCUUUCCAGGCCCGAGAUCAUAACUUCGUCUCCAUCCCUCAUCCGGCCCGAAGACAAUCCUUCUCAGCUCCUUCUCUCACCUGAUAAUGACUCGUUUCAAUCCCUUCCCUCGCCCGACGAUACCUCGUCUGAAUCCCUUUCUUCGCCCGACAGCGGCUCGUUUCAAUCCCUUCCAUCGCUUGAUGAUGACCCGCCUCAAUACCCGCCCUCACCCGACAAUGAUUCGUUCCAAUCUCUUCCAGAAGACCCAUCAUCUCAGUCCCUUCCCUGGCCAGACAGUAUAUUGACUCAGUAUCUCCUUUGGCCUCACAACGCCCCUUCUCAGCCCCUUCCCUCGCCUGACAACAGCUCAUUUCAGUCCCUCUCCUCGACCAACAAUGUCUCAUCUCAAUAUCUUUCUUCGCCUGAUGCUGCUUCAUAUCUGUCCUACCUCUCUACCAGCGAUACCUCUUCUCAAUACCUUCCUUUGCCUGGCAAUACCUCGUCUCAAAACUUGACCUUGCCCAACUCACCUCGAUUGCGUCUGCAUGCGGACAGGACACCGCCGGAUACGGCUCGAUCAGGGCAGAAUUCCACAGCUCCUCUAAGAUUAGAAACAAGGCACCUGUUCCUCACCAACAGCACCGCUAGAGUUCGAAACAACAUGGCGCUUCCUUCUGCGCGGCGUUCCAUUCACUCCGAUAGCGAGCAUUCUGGGGCUUCUACAGCAUACACAGAAAAAAUGGCGUCAUCAAGAACUUUCAAUUUCCCCAGCCCGCUCAACUCGCUCGAGUUCUCGCCUAGUGGCGAAUACCUCUGUGUUGCGUCUAUGAGCGAGGCAAGAAUCUGGAAGCUUCAUGCUAACCCGUUUGACUGCGUGAGCAUCAGAGGCUUUGUUGCUGAUGAAGGUCCUCUGUACUCCACUUUUUCGCAAGACGGCCUGCGUAUGUGGGUGGCUUCUAUGACGGGCACAGUAACCUGCCUCAGCACUCUCCCUGUUGAAAGAGAAACUCUCGUCAAGCAAACAGGAUACACCAUCUCUGGCAUCAAGGCGUCUCCCGACGGGAUUUAUCUAGCUGUGGGUGUUAAGUCAGCAGUGAUACUACUCGACGCGGUUACAGGGACCAAAGCCGCUACUUUGUAUGCGGCUGAGAUUUCAGACGACAUCUGUUCUUUGAUGUUUGCCGCGGAUGGUGAUAGACUGACUGGUGUAUCAAGGCGUGGAGUGAUGGUGAUUUGGGACGUUAAGACCCGCCAGGUUGUUGCCGGCCCAUUCACUCAACCCACCUCAACUCUUCAUAUUGCGUACUCUCAGAAUGGUAAAUUUGUAGCCUCAGCUGGGCACGAUACCGUGGUCACCGUGUGGAGGAUCAACAAGGGGGAAGAAGCAGAGAUCACUCUUGCAGCUGCUCGAGAGGCGUGCCGGUACACACUUCCAAUCAAAUCCCCAACCUCCCCUAUCAGAUCAGCGAAUGUUUCUAUCGACUCUUUUCUAGAGCGUUCAGCUGUGCCUUGCAAGAGACGCCAUAUGUCGCAACAGCACACGAUCGAAAAUGACCUACACCCAGCACGAAAGCGUGAGAGAGGCCCCUCUAGGGACACGAGGAGGUUUAAGGCGCCCAAGAAGAUUGCUAACCGCACCUUCCAUGCUGUGACAUUCAAUGGAAAGCGACUCUCAGCUCCAGUUCAGUCACCGAGAGAAGUCUCCGUGGACGGGGUGGAGCUGUCCGGUGCUUUGCGACUUACACCACCCAAGGUCACGUCUCCAACUGUACCGACCGAGGGCGAGCCCUCAGACGCAGCAACCAGAGACGGGCUGUUAGGCGCUCCAGGAAUUGCCAAACUGCCACGUGCGGUAAUCAAUAAUCCACUCUCAAAUCUGCAAAUCGAAAGCGAAACCUCCGACGCACCACAUGAGUAUCCCCCGCCCCAGCCUUCGGUUCAUCAAAGGUGUCGCACACGGGUGUUUUUGAACACCCGUAUCCGCAUACAGGAUACAAUAAUUUUGGCAACUAGUAAAUGGGUACGCAAGAGGGUAACCCGAAGAAUGCCAGGCAUGAACGCCGCAAACACGAGGGGCACCAACUUGGCGAUCCCACAACACAGCAGCUCUAUGGACUGUGGCCAAGUUGACGGCCCUGUGGAUAUCCCUGUGGAUAGCCCGACUGUGGAUUAUGAAUGGGUUCCAGAGAGGUCUCGUUGGGGGAGAAUCCUCGAGCGCGUGUGUCUAUAAUUGCAUCAUCACUAUCUUAAUGAUCGGUUCAAGGUUAUCUCGUCGUCCAUGCAUGCUUUUCUUUCAGGGUUUUAUGUUACACGGGGAUUUUUGGUAGACAUACUAGUGUUUUAGCUACUCACGUUUACGAGCGGGCUCUCGCACUGUCUGUCUAUACUUACUCACGACACUCUCACAGGGUUUCAUUCUCAAUGUUAUACCUCAGAAUCUCUUCAUUAUAUCUUGGGCUUUAUCUUGGGCUUUAUCUUGGGCUUUAUCUACAUACUUAUUAGCUAUGUACCGC